AUGACGUAUACAAAGGUAAUGGUACUUUUGGUGCUUGCCAUGGGCAUGAUAAGUGGUAAGGUUCAUAAAAUACUCAGUAAUUGGUGUUCUAAGAUGAAUGACUUUUGCUCCUUCAACUAUUUGGAGUCCUUUUUUUACAACAAUUUUUUGUCGUGGAUUGCUAAUCACCAGCAUGAUGACUAAAAUUUCAGAGACAAUGGCAGAAAAGAGAAGAGACGUAUACGGCCAUACAAAAUGGGAUCGCCGUUGGAAUAUAGCCGGAAGGAUAUUGCAGAACACCCUGCCCAUUUGGCUGGCGAAUAGAUAUCAACAACGAGGGUACCCUCCAAUGAGUGGGUACCCCCAAGGAGGCAUGGAUCCUGGAAUGGGAAUGGGAAUGCAAGGGGGAAUGGGAAUGAAUGGAGGAAUGGAUCCGGGAAUGGGGAUGCAAGGCGGCAUGGGCGGGGGAAUGGGUAUGGGCGGAGGAAUGGGCAUGGGCAUGCCAAUGAACGCAGGAAUGGGAAUGCAAGGGGGGAUGAUGGGAAGAUGA